AUGCUGAUCGGCGCCUCUCAUAUGGCCAUGUUUGGCACGAACGACGGUUCCUCUGGAACAUCAUCUGGCGAUUCAACGGCGAAACCAACCUCGGGAUCUAAGCCGCAAGUCAGUUCAAGCACCACAGUCAAAUCUGGGUCAACAACAGGCUCACCACCGGUGAAAGCCGAGAAGAAAUAA